GGCAAAGGGGCUAUGCCUGAUGGUAAGGAGGAGCUGAUUGGAGAGACGUUUUCUAUCUCCAACGUGAACAGACAUCAUGCCGGCGUAUACAGGUGUUCAGCUGAGAACGGUUUUAGUAAGGAGGCAUCAAAAGAAAUUGAGUUAAGAGUACUGUACAAGCCUGAGAUUGUCGUUGAAGAAGUAUUUGUGCAUACAAAAACAGGAAAUGAGGCAGAGUUAGUUUGCAAUGUUCAUGGUACACCCCGUCCUACUGUAGAAUGGAAGAAGGAUGGACAAUCCAUUGAUUCAAGCUCGAAACUCAAGAUUCAGAAUGUGCACUCAAAGCAUUCUUUGAUCAUCAGCUCGGUGGAGAAGGAAGAUUUUGGAGUGUACUCCUGUCAUGCAAACUCAGAAAAAGGAUCAGCCUCCGAAACUAUCGAAAUUUCAGGUUUGGCUCGGCCUGCAGAGUUUAAAUCUAAACCCGGAGGUUUAGAAAAAAACUCAUACGUCCUGGAGUGGUCCGUUGUCUCCUACUCUCCUGUUACCGCCUUCAGGGUGGAAACAAGACGAGAGGGCGUUACCGCCUGGGCAGAAGCCUCUGCCACGCCUAUUCCUGACGGACCUUACCACUUUGCUGGGAAACAUUUUCUGAAGGAGAUCGAAGAAGCUACGAGAUACGAGGCCCGAGUAUCCAGCAGGAACGAUGAAGGAUGGAGUAAACCAUCUCCAACCUUCCAUUUUGCAACCAAGGGAGCAGAUUUAGAUAAAACCCCGGUUGGAGAUUCUACGUCAGAGAUCAACAAAGAACCUAAACAAGAGGGAAUUACAUCUGGAUCUAGCUCCCUAGCCAUCUAUAUAUCGAUUCUACUUGCUCUUCUCUUGGUACUUUAGAUUGUUCGAUAAUUGACGUAGUUCUCCUUCCUAACUGAUUACAAAAGCUUACCAACUCUACACUUAGUCAUUUAUCUCAACUCAGACCCAUGUGAUGUGCGCUCCAGUGAAUAUAUAGUGUAUAUGUAUAUAAUAGAACACAUGAAAAGUU